AAAUAAACCAGUCAAGAGGAACAGGAGACACAUGGUCAUACCUGACAAGUCCUUCUUCAGGAGCACAGAGGCCUGUAUGCUGCAGCCGGAUGGCGGGCCGUGCUUUGGGAUCCUGCUGCGCUACUUCUAUAACUCCACUUCCAUGAGCUGCCAGUCUUUCAGCUAUGGAGGCUGCGCUGGCAACCAGAACAACUUCCUGUCCGAGAGAGAAUGUCUACAGAGCUGCCGCACUGAGGCAUCUUGCAGGCUGCCCAUGGCUGCCAGCCCCUGCUCCGGCCAUCCCCCUGUCUGGGCCUUUGACUCCUCGAGAGGCCUCUGCCUCCCCUACAAGCAGGGCUACUGCCAGGGGAACAGCAACAAGUUCUACAGCAAGGCUGAGUGUGAGGAAUACUGUGGGGUGGUGAAGGACGCUUUGUUCCAACUUAACGGUUUAUGUGUGUGUGUGUGUGUGUGUGUGUGUGUGUGUGAGGGAGAGGCCUGUUCUCCCCCAGAGAUGAAGACGGACAUUAAGUCGACUGCCAAACAGACAGACAAGAUGCAUCAGGGAGCAGUGUUCGUGGUCUUGCUGGGUCUGGUGGGGUUCCUCCAGGGAGUCCCCCUAUCCUCCAAUCCUCUCUACACCACUCAGGAGAACUUCGACCUGGAUAGGUUCAUGGGGAAAUGGCAUGAUGUUGCCACAGCAACCAACUGCCCCUGGAUGAAACAUAGAACGGGGGAGAUGGCCGUCGGCAGCCUGGAGCUGGAGAAGGCCGACGCCCCGGGCAAGGUCAAAACGACACGGACAUCAUACAGACAUGAGGAAUGCAAGAAGACAUCAGGGGAGUAUGAGCUAAGUGACACACCUGGAAGAUUCAACUACCAUAUCGCCAAGUGGGGAGUUGACGUUGACGCCUACGUGCUUCACACUGACUAUGACCAGUAUGCCAUCGUCGUCACGUCCAAGGAGAAGGCAGACCAAAACAGAAUCACCUCCGUAAAACUCUACUGCCGAACUAUGACGGCAGAUGAGACUGCAAUGGCAGAGUUCCACAGGAUCACGGGAACCCUGGGCCUGGAUACUGCAAUGGUCAUCAUCAAAAAGGACAAAGGAGAAUGUACACCAGUAGAACCAACAGCAGUUGUACCAGUAGGGUCAGUGAACAGGAAGAGGAGGAAUGUUGUCUUACCUGUGCUCGCUGCCGAGGAGCAGGGCUCUGGGGAUGAGACGUCCUUCUUCAGGAGCACGGAGGCCUGUAUGCUGCAGCCGGAUGGCGGGCCGUGCUUUGGGAUCCUGCAGCGCUACUUCUAUAACUCCACUUCCAUGAGCUGCCAGUCCUUCAGCUAUGGAGGCUGCGCUGGCAACCAGAACAACUUCCUAUCCGAGAGAGAAUGUCUACAGAGCUGCCGCACUGAGGCAUCUUGCAGGCUGCCCAUGGCUGCCAGCCCCUGCUCCGGCCAUCCCCCUGUCUGGGCCUUUGACUCCUCGAGAGGCCUCUGCCUCCCCUACAAGCAGGGCUACUGCCAGGGGAACAGCAACAAGUUCUACAGCAAGGCUGAGUGUGAGGAAUACUGUGGGGUGGUGAAGGACGGAGAAGGAGAAUUCCUGCGGGCCAACUGAAGGAGUCUACAAAGAUAGACACACAUACAAGAUAUACAGCUGACCUACGCAGCUUGUCACAGUUAAACAUAGUACACAGAAACUCAAUAAAACACAGAAACUCAAUAAAACAGUAGAGAAAGCUGAUCUGACCGUG